AUAUCGGUAUUUUUCCAAUCUUAAAAUUUAGAACAAAUGUUUCUUAAUAAGGAUUCGAUUGAACAUUUUUUCUGAGUUUAAUUUAAUAAUUUAUAUGGAGAAUAAUUCAGAAUAGAAUGAUUUUGAUCGAUACCAAGGAAUUUCAAACUUUUUUAAAUUCUUUGAAACGGCAAUAAAUUAUCCUUUAUAUUGAGUAAGUAGUACACAAAUUUAUGUUGUUUAAGUUAGAAAAGUAAUAUGUACAUACAUUUUCGGAAAAAUAUUUGUGUUUAUAUAGUCUACCAUAACAAGCUGAAUAGUCCUUGAAUAAGCUGAACUACGCGUGUCAAAAUAUUGACAAAAUUCAAUUUCGCUGUAAACCUUCAGUUUUAUAUUUUGUGGAAACGAAGAUGGAUAUGCACGUCGAUGAUUAUAUAUUUGAAAGCAUACUUGGAAAGGGAACAUUUGGAACUGUGUACUUGGUGAGAAGGAAGAAAGACUCAAAGCCAUUUGUUAUAAAAGCUCAAGACUUAAAUGCAGUAAACCAUUCGCCUUCUGAGAGAAUACUAGAUGAGAUACGAUGCCUACAGAAAUUGAGACAUCCAAACAUAGUGUUUUAUUAUGGAGCAUGGAAAAAGAAUAAUUACAGCUAUAUUCUUUUGGAAUAUGCAACUCGAUGUACUCUCAAAGAUUUGCUAGAAAAACGAGACGUACCGCUUAAAGAAGAGGAUGCGCUGUAUCUCUUUUCACAAGUUACUUUGGGAGUACAUCACAUUCAUGCGAAUAAAAUUUUUCACCGAGAUCUAAAACCGGAAAAUAUCAUGUUGACCGGCAGCCGUGGUGAUAUCGUUAAAAUUGGUGACUUUGGCCUUUCAAAAAGUAUCCAAGAAGACUCGAUAAUUUGUCAUGCAGGAUCUUAUUACUAUAUGGCUCCGGAAGUGCUGAGUGUACAGCCGUAUGAACUUAAGUGUGAUAUAUGGAGCAUGGGCGUUAUACUGUAUGAAAUGGUUACGAAGAGACUUCCGUUCCCAGCCACGAAUCUAGCAGAGAUUACGAAAUUAGUGCACAACAGCCCGCCGCAACCUUUACCACAGUGGAUAUCAGCAUCCAUUGUGAAUCUAAUAUCGAAGAUGCUGAGGAAGAACAGUUUGUGUCGACCCCGCACCGAUCAGCUCGUACUUUGCCCCUUUCUUGUACCUUACAUCAUUCGAGUAUAUCUGAAUCUUGGGCUAUAAUCGUAUCCGGACAUGUGGUGGAUCUUGUUACUGAGCUGCUGGUUGUACCCUUCGUGGAGCAUGACUUGGUACCCUCCAGCUGCCUUGAGUGCGAUGCGCGGGGAACAAAUAGAUCUCGUGGGUGCUGCUAACUCUACUUAUGCUCCUGUCUGGAUGAGAAAUACCGCGAGGAACGGCGUCGCGGUUGACGGCCCAGAGCCCGUCGAUUCGAUCGAUUCAGGACAAUCUCCCAUCAAUUCCGUUGAUCGCGACCGCGAACCGUUGGACGAAGUAGAGCGCAUCGAACCCAGGCAAUGGCCAGGCAGGCCGGAUAUCCUACCGACCCGCAGCACCGCGCCUUUCACCACGGAAAGGUCUUUACCGCCCAGAUCCCCGCAACCCACGACCCAGGCGCAAAGAAACCCUUCAACACAAAGAUUUCCCACGAUUACUGUACCACCUCCGACAGUCACCGUUGAUGAAGUUUUCUGCGAUUUUGGGCCAGCACCGUCAAUGCCACUUUGCGAGUGGCAAAAUGGUAAUGGUGCCUUGGAGUGGACUUUAGGUACUGGAAUGGGCACCAACUGGUUGGGUGGACCAUCGACCGAUGCCACGAGUGGCUCUAUGGAAGGAGGAUACGCCUUUCUGGAGACAUCGCAAGUAUCUUCGAAGGAUCUGAAGACCAAGAGUCCCGGAGGUCUUUUGCACAGUCCACAACUAGGCAGCACUGGGGUCUCCGGUACUUGUUUUAUGUUCAAAUACACUAUGGAUGGUCUCAGCAUCGCGGGGCUACGAGUGUUACUUCACGUCGGAACGGACGAGUUUUCAUUUAAGAAGGAAUCGCCAGAAGAAUCGUCUGUAGAGAAUAUCACAGUGUCUUGCGAACCGGCAGAAAUCAUGGAAGAGCGUGUACUGUGGCACGCGCAGUAUUACACGCUCGGAGCAUGGCAGCAGGCCCAAAUACUUUAUACGUAUCCUGAAUUACACUCGAUAGUUAUUGAAGGCGUGCCAGUGGACUCCACGGAUCCGUCGCGUUUAUAUCGCGGAUACAUUGCUAUCGAUGACAUAGAUCUACAGCCUGGUACAUCGUGCGUUGGAUUCUGUAACUUUGCCAGUGGUUUUUGCGACUGGAAUAACGAUGCGGAAGAUGAUUUCGACUGGACCAUAAGUCGCGGAAGCGGAAAUCCCACGACCGGUCCGGCGAUGGACAGCUCCACCGAUCGUGCCACUGCCGGUGGUUACGCUUUCAUCGAUUCCGGCUUCCCGCGAAGACCCGGCGACACGGCGAAAAUCAUAAGCUCGAGCUUUCCGGCAACAAUGCCGGAUGCGCCAAUGUGCAUGCAUUUUUGGUUCCACAUGUUUGGAUCUGGAAUCGGUUACUUAAAGUUAUUCCUACGUCAUUUUCGCAGUUCAGACAUGCAACUGCAAGAGAUUUGGGGUCUGUCCGGAAAUGCCGGCAAUGCCUGGUUCAUGUCGCAAGUAACGAUCAGCUCCAUUGAUGAUUAUCAGUUAGUUUUCGAAGCAUCGGUAGGAAUCACCGGCAUGGGGGACACCGCAAUCGAUGAUAUCUCAUAUGGGCCAGGUGCUUGCCCGGUUUCACCACAAGUGGCUGCUCCGAUAUCGCGGGAUUGCACCUUCGAGAUCGACGAAUGUGAGUGGAUCAACUCGCGAGAUCCGGAUCGCGUCGAAUGGGAGAGAGUAUCCACUCAAGUGUUGGGCCCGAGGAAUCAGAGGAAACCGUAUAGCAGUGGACACACGAUUAAUCGACGCAACGAAUAUUUUCUGGGGCUCGGACGUCUCCGAGGUGCACGGUCAUCCGGAGGUACCGCUCAGCUGGUCAGUCGACAAAUGAAGGGUUCUGAAGAACCGCUCUGUAUCACAUUCUGGUACUUUAUGUUCGAGCCUUUCAUCGAUUCCACAGGACCCAGCUUAGGCGUCUUGCGACUGUAUGUGCAAACAGAGGGUGACAGUUCGAAAGUUAAACCUAUAUGGCAACUGUACAAUAAUCAAGGUCCCACAUGGAGCUACGCUCAGACUAACAUCAAUCAAAAAACAGACUUCAGUAUAGUGUUCGAGGGCACAUGGGGUCCUAACAGAGCAAGUGGUAGCAUAGGAAUUGAUGAUAUCGCCUUUUACACUGGAAAUUGCAGUGUGAAACCAAUGAGUGCAGUCGUUCGCGCAGAAGAUUGCAGUUUCGAGAAGGAUUUGUGCGGAUGGGAGAACAUAACUAUUUCCGAUAACGACCGUGCCGUGAUGUGGCAGCGUGCGUUUCUGGCUCAUCGACCAGCUCAGUUAUUAGAUAGAACCUUUGGUGCGUCUGGCGAUUUCGUAUUCUUCGACAUUUUCACGACAAAUAAGGAAUCGACGAAGGUUGAGCUACAAUCACCCGUCAUCAAUGCCUCACCUGACGAAGAGUUUGUAUGUUUCACCUUUUGGUUCGCCGCUUUUGGCGUGGAGGAGUCUACCACUCUGCGAGUGAUCAAAAUGCCUGCCGAAGAGGCUGAGGGAGAGAGCGAAGGCGAACAGGAGCAAGCGUUGUGGUCAUUAACAGCUAAAGGAUUGAAUAAUCCACGACCAGUAUGGAUGGCGGCACAAGUGACAAUUGAAGCGCGAACCCCGUAUCGACUUAUUCUUGAGGGAAGCGCCAGUAAUGGAGGUUUUGCCGUCGACGACAUAAAGUUUCAACCUCUAGCCUGCGCAACUCGACCAGCCAGUGCUCAACCGAUCCAAACCGAGACUUGAUAAAAAAAGAGUCACGUGAUAAUUACAAAACUUCUCUUAACGUUUAAGAAGUCGUUUUUUAUCGAUCAUUUAACAGUGAUUCAUAUAAAAUAUUGUUUAAUUGUAUCACAAACAGAAUAAAUUAUUUUAUAUAG